UUCAAAAAACUAUCUCGCUUUCUCACUUGACAAAUUAAUCCAUUUCUUAAAGCAAUGGCUUCCUCCGAAGAACUAUUUGGUUUGAAUUACCUGUUGCUGAAACCACAAGAGGCGAGUGCUGUGGAUCUUGGACGCCUCUUGUUCUCUUCCAACUUGAACAAUAGAGGAUUCAUUGAGUGCCCUCGUGAGAUUGAGGCAAGAGAAUUUCGACAAAGAUGGCUCCUCUUCAUAUCCAUUGUGGCGCAGAAGGUUCUCGUUGCCUCAAGAAACUCCUUGAAGAACGUUGGGGACACGUUGGAGUUGUGGCUCAAUCUUUUAUCAAGCAAUGGAGGCUUAAUAAGGCUCUUGUUCAAAUUUCUAACAGGAAAGAUGAAAACACCGGAAAGAUCAUCGGCAGCAUUCUUAUCCGUGGUGGGCAUCACUGACACACGAGUUGACUUAGACAAAACAAUUAAGGAGAAUGAUGCCAAGUACAAAGGGUUCCUCUCAAUGAUGGCUUCAAAAUUAGCGUAUGAGAAUGAAGAAUUCGUUAGUAACGCAGUGCAAAAUCAUUGGGAUAUGGAGUUUUUGGGGUCACACAGCUUCUGGAACGAUUACCAAGAACUCUGGUCCACACGAGCAAUCAUAGUGCAAGACAGCAAGUCCGAAGCCAACUUGAUUGUGGUUGCAUUCAGGGGCACGGAGCCAUUUGAUGCGGACCAAUGGAGAACAGACGUGGACAUCUCCUGGUAUGAGUUGCCCAAUGUGGGUAGGAUUCAUGCUGGGUUCAUGAAAGCUUUAGGUCUUCAGAAGAACAGUGGAUGGCCCAAAGAGAUAGAUCAAAGCAGCACUAGUGGUGAGCCUCAUCAUUUUUAUGCCUACUAUACAAUCAGAGAGAAGCUGAGAGCCAUGUUGGAGGCAGAAGAGGAUGCAAAAUUCAUAUUGACAGGGCACAGCUUGGGAGGAGCCUUGGCAAUUCUGUUUGCUGCAGUGCUCACAAUGCAUGAGGAGGAAGGGCUGUUGGAAAAGUUAGAAGGGGUUUAUACCUUUGGGCAGCCACGAGUUGGGGACAAUAAGUUUGGGGAGUUCAUGAAGGACAAGUUGAGAAAGUAUGAUGUGAGGUAUAUGAGGUAUGUUUACUGCAAUGAUGUGGUGCCUAGGGUCCCUUAUGAUGACCAAACCCUUUUCUUUAAGCACUUUGGUUCUUGCCUCUACUUCAACAGCUUGUACCAUGGGCAGGUUCUAGAAGAGGAGCCAAACAAGAAUUAUUUCUCUUUGUUCUGGGUCAUACCCAAGAUCCUAAACGCAGUUUGGGAGCUAAUUAGAGGAUUUCUUAUCCCAUUCAUAGAAGGUAGAGACUAUAUACAGAAUUGGUUCAUGACGAUUUUCAGGCUUGUUGGAUUGAUAAUUCCAGGACUACCAGCUCAUCUUCCUACAGAUUACGUCAAUGUUACCAGAUUGGGAUCCUUAAACAAGUCUCUGGAGCUUCAAAACUCACAAGAUUCCAAGGCUGACUGAUGUCAACGCUUAACCAAAAACUAAUUAAUAAUAAUUACACACAAUAACAAUUCUUGUGCUCUUUUCCUUUUUUUUCCUUUCUGAUAUUAGAAUGUUCAUCGAACAAUUACUUUAAA